AUUUUUCUCUCCUAAUUUUCUUGUCCAAAAAGAAACUAAAGAGAAGACCAUAUAAAUACGCGUCUAUCUGAAACCCCCGGAUUAAGUUACACACACUGCUAAAUUUACAUUCUACAUCACACACACUUAGAAGAGGGGUUUUCCCAUUUCUGCAAUCAAAAUCUGUACUCAAUGCAUCUGUAUAACGCAUGGCUGCCGCCUCCAGUGGCGGAGGAGACGAAGAGGGAGAAGGAGGCCUUCGCCGGAGUCGUUAAGUCUGUUCAGGAGUCUUACAAUCCCGGUGAUCCUGAGUCGGUUUACGCCACUCUUAAAUGGGUCUCCGUUAUUGAUCUUUUUGUGAAGGCAAAAAGUGAGCUAUCCAUUGAGGAUGUAUCCAACAUCGUAGAAGUUGGAUUAGAACUAUUUCAAAUAUCAGAGCACAAGCUACAUGCUCAGGUUAGAUGGGGGAACAUUCUGGUGAAAUUGUUGAACAAGUACAGGAAAAGGUUAUCCUUAAAGGUUCAGUGGAGGCCGUUAUACAAUAUUUUGAUUCAUACACACUUCACAAGGAAUACUGGCCCUGAAGGGUGGAGACUGAGACAACGGCAUUUCGAAACAGUUACUUCCCUUGUUCGGUCUUGCCGGAGAUUCUUUCCACCUGGUUCUGCCUCUGAAAUAUGGUCUGAAUUCAGAUCCCUAAUGGAAAAUCCGUGGCAUAAUGCUUCUUUUGAAGGUGCUGGAUUUGUGCGACUUUUCCUCCCUACAAACAUUGACAACCAGGAUUUUUUUCAACUUGAAUGGGUUAGAAUAUGUUUAGAUCAUUGGGGUUCAAUACCAAAUUGUCAAUUUUGGAACAGCCAAUGGGCCUCUGUCACUGCUCGUGUCAUAAAGAGCUACAGUUGCAUUGACUGGGAGGUUUUCUUGCCAGAUCUAUUUAAUAUUUACUUGAAUAUGUUUGAGGUUCCUGUGGCUAACGGGGGUGGAUCCUAUCCUUUCUCUAUAGACGUUCCGAGAAACACAAGAUUUUUGUUUGCAAAUAGGACUGUCACUCCAUCAAAAGCCAUUGCUAAAUCAAUAGUGUAUCUAUUGAGACCUGGUGGCUCGGCACAAAAGCACUUCGAGAAAUUGGCCAGUCUCUUAGAGCAAUAUUACCAUCCUUCGAAUGGUGGCCGCUGGACUUACUCGUUGGAGCAGUUUUUGUUCCACUUGGUGAAUACUUUCCAGAAACGCUUGCAACAUGAGCAACUGAACAAAAAUGUCACAGAGCAAUCUGAACUAUUCUUGGCACAGUCUGAUAGGAUUUCUUUUGUGAAUACUGUGCUGAAGUUAAUAGAUCGUGGCCAAUAUAGCAAAAGUGAUCAGCUCUCUGAAACAGUGGCUGCAGCAACUUCUAUUUUGUCGUAUGUGGAGCCAUCUUUAGUUCUGCCAUUUUUGGCAAAUAGGUUCCAUAUGGCUUUGGAGACUAUGACAGCUACGCACCAGUUGAAGAGUGCCGUGACAUCUAUAGCAUUUGCUGGAAGAUCAUUGUUUUUUGCCUCUUUAUCGGGCUUGCCUAUGGAUUCAACUAGUGUCAGCGGAAUUGAUUCAUUUUCUGAUCUACUGAUGAUUUCUUUGUCCAACACAUUACUUGGCAUGGAUGCCAAUGAUCCACCCAAAACCUUGGCCACCAUGCAACUGAUUGGUUCUUUAUUUUCUAAUAUGUCUACCUUGGACGAUGAUGUAAAGGAGGGAUCACUAAUCCCGUCAUUUCACUUCUCGGAGUGGCUUGAUGAGUUCUUCUAUCGACUAUUUUCUUUACUUCAGCACCUGGAACCUAGUAGCGUCUUGACUGAAGGCGUUUAUUCACCAACAACUUCAGGGACUUUCCUGGUGGAGGAUGGUCCUUACUACUUCUGUAUGCUGGAAAUAUUGCUCGGGAGGCUCUCAGAUUCACUCUACAAGCGGGCACUCAAAAAAAUUUCCAAGUUUGUCACGUCAAAUAUUCUUCCUGGAGCAAUUGCAGAGGUUGGACUGCUUUGUUGUGCUUGUGUUCAUUCAAAUCCACAAGAGGCAGUUGUUCAACUUAUCAAACCAAUCCUAGAUUCACUUAUUUCUUCCUUGAAAGCAACACCAACUACUGGUUUUGGAAAUAAAGCAACUUUUGAUGCCCCAUCGUCAAGAAAGGAAAAAUCUACAUUAUCUCCAGCUCUGGAAAUAGCUAUUGAGUAUCAGUUGAAGGUACUUUCGGUGGCAAUCAAUUAUGGAGGUCCAGCACUUCUGGGCUACAGGGAGCUAUUCAAAGAAGUUAUUGCUUCUGCCUUUGAUUCAACAUCUUGGAAGGUUAAUGGGGCUGGUGAUCAUGUUCUGCGUUCUCUUUUAGGCAGCCUUGUUCACUAUUAUCCUAUUGAUCACUACAAGUGUGUGAUGCAUCAUUCUAUUGCCCCUUCAUUAGAGGAAUGGAUUGAUACAAAGGAUUUUUAUGAUAAACCAGUAAUAGCCCCAAGGUGGCAUGUCCCGGUGGAGGAUGAAAUUAGUUUCGCAAAUGAGCUUCUAAAGCAGCACUUCGAAUCUGCCCUAGAUGACCUACUAAUGAUAUGCCAAUCCAAGAUCCAUUCUGAUCCAGGCGACGAGAAAGAUCACUUAAAAGUGACUCUUCUGCGUGUUGACUCUUCAUUACAAGGUGUUUUAUCAUGUUUACCUGAUUUCAGGCCGUCCUCUGAGAAUGGGAUGGUUAAAGAGGCAGGGUGUUCUCCUUUUCUGAUUGCCGGGGCAACAGGCUCAUGUGUAGGAAGCUCAGAAUUGCGAGAAAAAGCUGCUGAUGUCAUCCAUGAAACCUGCAGAUAUUUGUUGAAGGAGAAGUCUGAUGAUAGCAUUUUGUUGCUACUUCUCAUUCGUGUUAUGGAUACAUUAGGAAAUUACGGAAGUUCUGAAUAUGAGGAGUGGUCCAAUCACAGGCAGUCCUGGAAGCUGGAAUCUGCAGCUAUUAUAGAGCCUCCAAUUAAUUUUAUUGUGUCAUCUCACUCUAAAGGAAAAAGAAGGCCUCGGUGGGCACUUGUCGACAAAGCGUAUAUGCAUAACACCUGGAGAUCAUCUCAGUCAUCUUAUCAUUUGUUCCGUACAAGUGGCAACGUGUUUCCAUCCAAGCAUGUCGUUCUUUUGAUGGAUGAUCUUCUGAAUCUCUCUUUGCAUAGUUAUGAAACUGUUCGAAGACUUGCUGCAAAAUCCAUCCUGAAGAUGAUGAAAAGAUGGCCAUCAACCAUAUCAAAAUGUGUGCUAACUCUAGCUGGAAACCUGAGGGAUCCAAACUUGCCAGAAAAUGCAGUCUUAGGUUCUUGUGCAGUACUUUCAUCCCAAACCGUCCUCAAGCGUUUAACAACGGACAGAAAGGCUCUUUCUUCAUUCCUUCUUGGAAUUUUAUUCAGCUCACAUAAUGAAUCACAAAAGGCUCAAAAAGCAAUUACUGAGCUUUUCGUCAAGUAUAAUAUCCAUUUUGCGGGGUUGUCAAGAAGCAUUUUCCGGGAACCAGGCACAGACGGGACUGAUUUUGCAGAUCUGGUUGCUGAAAUUGGUUCUAUGAGUUUUGGAAACACCAACUUGCAUUGGCGGUAUAAUUUAAUGGCUAAUAGAGUUCUGCUACUGCUGGCUAUGGCGUCCAGAAAUGAUCCAAAUGUACCCACAAAAGUUCUCAGUGAAAUUUCUGGUCACUUUUUGAAGAAUCUGAAGAGUCAACUCCCUCAGACCAGAAUACUAGCAAUCUCUGCUCUAAAUACGCUUUUGAAAGAGUCACCUUACAAAUUCUCAGCAGAAAACAGCGCAAGUGGUAAUGGAUAUUCGCAGGGAGACACCAAGUCAGCUCUUGAAGGAGCUUUGGGUGGUAUUUUCCAGGAAGAAGGAUUUUUUAAUGAGACUUUGAAUAGUCUUUCUCAUGUUCACAUUAUCAGUGAUGUGGAUACUACACCUUCCAGGGGACAUUAUGGAAGUUCUUCCUUGCAGAGCUUUGCAGACAAAUCAAUAACUCGUUUCUAUUUUGAUUUUUCUGCUUCAUGGCCUCGUACUCCUAGUUGGAUAUCUUUGUUCGGAAGUGAUACUUUUUACCCGAAUUUUGCACGGAUUUUUAAAAGGCUAAUUCAAGAAUGUGGCAUGCCUGUUAUUCUGGCUUUGAGAAAUGCCCUAGAGGAGUUUGUUGAUGCCAAGGAGAGGUCAAAACAAUGUGUUGCUGCUGAGGUAUUUGCUGGAGUGCUGCAUUCGGAUGUCCUUGGUGUCUCAGAAGCAUGGGACAGCUGGAUGGUGGUCCAGUUCCAGAAUAUUAUUCAUGCACCGUCUGUAGAAUCUAUUCCAGAGUGGGCCGCGAGUAUUCGUUAUGCAGUCACUGGGAAGGGAAAAUCUGGAACCAGGGCUCCUCUACUGAGACAUAAAGUACUUGAUUGCCUGAUGAAACCUUUACCUCAAACAGUUACAACUUCUGUGGUCGCGAAACGCUAUACUUUUCUUUCAGCUGUCCUCAUAGAAGUAUCUCCUCUGAGAAUGCCUGGAAUUGAAAUACUGGUUCAUUAUAAUCUUCUGGAAGAGUUGCUGAGUAACAUGAGUCACUCGUCUGCUCAAGUGAGAGAAGCAAUUGGUGUUGCCCUUUCAGUGUUAUGUUCAAAUCUUCGACUCUGUGCAUCCUUUGGUAAUGAUAACUUGUUUGAAGGGCAAGCCAGCAGCGCAAAUAUAGGAGCUGCAAGAUGCUGGGAUCAGUAUAUAGUGAAACAAGCCUCUGAACUUGUGCCUAAGAUACAAAAUGCUGGUGCAUCUGAAACUUUGGAGAUUCUGACAGAUAAAAAAAUUGAAAACGGGAUGUCAAGUGACCCUUCUCAAGACAGUAUCAAAUGGAUGGAAACGUUGUUUCAUUUUAUCAUAUCAUCUUUGAAGUCUGGAAGGUCCACAGUUUUGCUGGAUGUUAUUCUUGAACUUCUGCAGCCUGUGAUAUCUUUACAGGAAACAUCAAAUAAAGAUCUGUCGAAUUUGGCCAAGGCUGCUUUUGAGUUGCUAAAAUGGAGGGUGUUUGGUGAGCCUCAUCUCAGGAAAACCGUGCCUAUUAUUCUUUCUUUGGCCAAUGAUCCCAAUUGGAGAACUCGGUCCGCAACUUUGACAUUUCUGCGAAGUUUCAUGUACAGGCACACUUUUAUCCUCUCUACCAUGCAUUCACAACAGAUUUGGCAAGCUGUAGAGAGGCUCCUAAGAGACAAUCAACUGGAGGUAAGAGAGCAUGCUGCUGCUGUAUUAGCAGGGCUGAUGAAGGGUGGGGAUGAAGAGCUGGUUGAAGAUUUUCGCCGGAGAGCUUAUGAGGAAGCAGAGGCUACACUGAAGAAGAGAAAGAAGAGAAGCAUGGCGUCUGCGACCCCCAUUGCAGCUGUACAUGGUUCAAUACUUGCUUUAGCAGCCUGUGUGCUAUCGGUUCCUUACGAUAUGCCCCGUUGGUUGCCUGCACAUGUUACUUUGCUGGCCCGUUUUGUGUCGGAGCCGUCACCCCUGAAAUCAACAGUUACAAAAGCGAUUGCAGAAUUCCGUCGCACCCAUGCAGACACAUGGAAUGUUCAAAAAGAUUCAUUCACUGAAGAGCAACUCGAGGUCCUGGCUGAUACAUCAUCCUCAUCUUCAUACUUCGCCUGAUGUAUACUUUGUGAAAAUACCACCACUGUGCGCCCCCCUCCCCCCAAAAAAAAAAGAAAAAGAAAUUAAAUAAAAAAAAAAACAAUGAAUAUUAAAGAAGAAACCAAUACGAAAGAAAUUUGUAGAACAGAGAAAUUGUAGCUGUUUGAAUAUUUGUUUCCAUAUCUCUGUAGUAUAAUAUUCUUACAAUCUUCUCUUAAUUGUUUUAGAUACGUUUUUGUAAUCAUGGAGUGGUGUCAUAUCUAAUCUGGAAUGAAAUCUUGCUUGUAAA